GUAGUCCCGGCUACUCAGGAGGCUGAGGCAGGAGAAUGGCUUGAACCCAGGAGGUGGAGCACUCCAGCAUGAGUGACAGAAUGAGAUUCUGUCUCAGAAGAAGAAGGAAAAAAGCUUCCAUUAUGUGGUAACUUUCUCCAUUCAUGACAGCCCAUUCUCUUCACUUUUGGAGUUUUCAGCUGCUAAAAAGCCUUCACAAAAUGUACUCCACCAUCUCUUCCUGUUUAGAAUCUGAAUCUGUCUAAUCAUCCCCCUAUGAUAACGUGGUCAAGAGUUUGAUGUUCUGUCAGAGUUCAGAGUUAAAAUUCUAGCUUUUCCACUUACUAGUUGUGUGACCUUGGGCAAGUUUUCUCAACUCCCCUCUACUGUAGUUCCUUCAUUUGUAAAAUGAAAUAACACCAGCUUCGUGUGGGUGCUUGUGAAGAUUAAUAAGCUGAUGUAGGUAAAAUACUGAGCACAGUCCCUGGCAUACACUUAAGCACUCAAUAUUGGCUCUCUUCAUAAACUAGGUACCAAUUAACUGAUGAUCGUAAUAUUGUUGCUUUCCUCUUUCUAGGCUUUAUGGCUCUAUUUUAUUUGUUACUGAGGGGUAAAAGAUAAAUGUUUACCAUCACCUAGAAUUGGGUUCUGGCCUCUAAAGGAGCCUGAGGCUUAGAUGAGUUAUUGGCUUUGGAAGCUGGCCUCCAAAUUACUACGCUAAUUUAUAUUUUUCAUUAAAAACUCAGCUUGCCUCUUCUAUAUAGCUGUCUUCCCUGGCCCUGAAACCCUAGUGUUUCGCCAUAAAAGAUUUUAAAAUUAAGGGGUCAUAAUUCUCUCCCCACAAUGUGUGGAUUAAUGGUAAGAAGGUGCACAGAACACAAUAUUCUUACGUUGAACGAAAUAAAAGCAAAGAUUUGGCUGUUUCUCAUUUUUGAAGCACAAAUCAAGAGAUACUAUGAUGAAGCAUAGUUUUUCUUUAUAUAGGUGUGUAGAACUUUAUCAAAAAAAUCACUAGUUCGGCCAUCAGUAGAUCUGGAUCCUAGGCUUUUCGCUGUCACCAAGAUGCUGUGACCUCUAACCUUGUAUACAGGUUUGCUUUGUACCUUGCGAGGUUGAGCAUUAGAGAGGUAAGUAAAGUGCCCAGCAUCAUACCUGGUGCACAGAACCCAAAACGGUAGGUAUCAUGUAGCAGUUCUGAAAAUCUAGCCCAUCAGGAUGAUGCAAAUGGGUACGUUCGGCAGUGAGAAGGGGAACCACAUCUUGACACAUCCAGUCGAAGGAAGAGCGCGGAAGUAGAGUCGCGCGGCAGCAAAGACUACGCCUCCCACCAUGCUUUGCGGCGGGGCCCGCCCGCCUUACCCAGAGUCGCCCUGCAGCGAUCGCGCGUCUUUCCACCGAGACCCCGGAUGUAGAGUCCCUCCCACCCGUUCAGUGGUCGUGGCCUCACAGUGACGCUAAGACUUGGGGCUCUCUCAUUGGCUGUAACUCUUCUACUGGAUUGGAAGCAAAAAAAGAGGCGGUGCACAAGGCGAACGGCGCUGUGACUACAGCCAAUCAGAAGCGAGGCCGGGCUUUGGCGGGAGGUGGGAACACUGUGGCCAUUCGAAUUUGGCGCGAGCGCGGCUGGAUUUUGCUGCUGCCGCCGUGUAGUUUGUUCAGGGGCUUGUGGUGGUGAGUCCCUGAGGCUGCGUGUGAGAGACGUGAGAAGGAUCCUGCACUGAGGAGGUGGGAAGGAGAGGAUUGCUCGAGGAGGCCUGGGGUUUGUGAGGCAGCGGAGUUGCGUGAAGGCUGCGGGUUCCGGCGAGGCCUGAGCUGUGCUGCCAUCAUGCCUCAAACCCGAUCCCAGGCACAGGCUACAAUCAGUUUUCCAAAAAAGAAGCUGUCUCGGGCAUUGAACAAAACUAAAAACUCAAGUGAUGCCAAACUAGAACCGACAAAUGUUCAAGCUGUAACCUGUUCUCCUGGUGUAAAAGCCCUGCCUCUCAGCCCCAGGAAACGUCUGGGUGAUGACAACCUAUGCAACACUCCCCAUUUACCUCCUUGCUCUCCACCAAAGCAAGGCAAGAAAGAGAAUGGUCCCCCUCACUCACGUACACUUAAGGGACGAAGAUUGGUAUUUGACAAUCAGCUGACAAUUAAGUCUCCUAGCAAAAGAGAACAAGCCAAAGUUGACCAAAACAAAAUACUUUCUUCAGUUAGAAAAAGUCAAGAGAUCACAACAAAUUCUGAGCAGAGAUGCCUACUGGAGAAAGAAUCUGCAUGUGUGAGACUAUUCAAGCAAGAAGGUACUUGCUACCAGCAAGCAAAGCUGGUCCUGAACACAGCUGUCCCAGAUCGGCUGCCUGCCAGGGAAAGGGAGAUGGAUGUCAUCAGGAAUUUCCUGAGGGAACACAUCUGUGGGAAAAAAGCUGGAAGCCUUUACCUUUCUGGUGCUCCUGGAACUGGAAAAACUGCCUGCUUAAGCCGGAUUCUGCAAGACCUCAAGAAGGAACUGAAAGGCUUUACAACUAUCAUGCUGAAUUGCAUGUCCUUGAGGAAUGCCCAGGCUGUAUUCCCAGCUAUUGCUCAGGAGAUUUGUCAGGAAGAGGUAUCCAAGCCAGCUGGGAAGGACAUGAUGAGGAAAUUGGAAAAACAUAUGACUGCAGAGAAGGGCCCCAUGAUUGUGUUGGUAUUGGAUGAGAUGGAUCAACUGGACAGCAAAGGCCAGGAUGUAUUGUACACACUAUUUGAAUGGCCAUGGCUGAGCAAUUCUCGCUUGGUGCUGAUUGGUAUUGCUAAUACCCUGGAUCUCACAGAUAGAAUUCUGCCUAGGCUUCAAGCUAGAGAAAAAUGUAAGCCACAGCUGUUGAACUUCCCACCUUAUACCAGAAAUCAGAUAGUCGCUAUUUUGCAAGAUCGACUUACUCAGGUAUCUAGAGAUCAGGUUCUGGACAAUGCUGCAAUUCAAUUCUGUGCCCGCAAAGUCUCUGCUGUUUCAGGAGAUGUUCGCAAAGCACUAGAUGUUUGCAGGAGAGCUAUUGAAAUUGUAGAGUCAGAUGUCAAAAGCCAGACUGUUCUCAAACCACUGUCUGAAUGUAAAUCACCUUCUGAGCCUCUGAUUCCCAAGAGGGUUGGUCUUAUUCACAUAUCCCAAGUCAUGUCAGAAGUUGAUGGUAAUAGGAUGACCUUGAGCCAAGGAGCACAAGAUUCCUUCCCUCUUCAGCAGAAGAUCUUGGUCUGCUCUUUGAUGCUCUUGAUCAGGAAGUUGAAAAUCAAAGAGGUCACUCUGGGGAAGUUAUAUGAAGCCUACAGUAAAGUCUGUCGUAAACAGCAGGUGGCGGCUGUGGACCAGUCAGAGUGUUUGUCACUUUCAGGGCUCUUGGAAGCCAGGGGCAUUUUAGGAUUAAAGAGAAACAAGGAAACCCGUUUGACAAAGGUAUUUUUCAAGAUUGAAGAGAAGGAAAUAGAGCAUGCUCUGAAAGAUAAAGCUCUAAUUGGAAAUAUCUUAGCUACUGGAUUGCCUUAAAUUCAUCUCUUACACCCCACCUGAAAGUAUUCAGCUGGCAUUUAGAGAGCUACAGUCUUCAUUUUAGUGCUUUACACAUUCGGGCCUGAAAACAAAUAUGACCUUUUUUACUUGAAGCCAGUGAAUUUUAAUCUAUAGAUUCUUUAAUAUUAGCACAGAAUAAUAUCUUUGGGUCUUAACUAUUUUUACCUAUAAAAGUGACCAGGUAGACCCUUUUUAAUUACAUUCACUACUUCUACCACUUGUGUAUAUCUAGUCAAUGUGCUUGCAAGUGUACAGAUCUGUGUAGUGGAAUGUGUGUAUAUUUACCUCUUUGCUUAAACAUGAGUGGGUAUUUUUUUGUUUGUUUCUUGUUUUUUGUUUUUGAGGCCGCAUCUCACCCUGUUGCCCAGGCUAGAGUGCAUUGGCGUGUUCUCUGCUCACUGCAGCAUCCGCUUCCUGGGUUGAAGCGAUUCUCUUGCCUCAGCCUCCUGAAUAGCUGGGAUUACAGGCGCCCACCACUGUGCCCAGCUAAUUUUUGUAUUUUUAGUAGAGACAGGGUUUUACCAUGUUGGCCAGGCUGGUCUUGAACUCCUGACCCUCAAGUGAUCCACCCACCUCAGCCUCCCAAAGUGCUGGGAUUACAGGCGUGAGCCACCACGCCCAGCCAUGAGUGUAUUUUGUUAAGAACUUUGAGGUUAGGGUAAGAAGAAUGAAAAUGAUCCAGAAAAAUGCAAGCAAGUCCACAUGGAGAUUUGUAGGACACUGGUUAAAGAAUUUCUUUCUUUUUGGAGUAUGCUAUGUUCAUGGUGCAGAUACUAUGACAUUAUGGCAUUUUAAAGACUCACUGAGUUUCUUGGGCACUCCCAAGGGCGUUGGGGUCAUAAGGAGACUGUAACUCUACAGAUUGUGAAUAUAUUUAUUUUCAAGUUGCAUUCUUUGUCUUUUUAAGCAAUCAGAUUUCAAGAGAGCUCAAGCUUUCAGAA